UCUGAACCUUAUUUUCUUCUUCUGUCAGAUCUUCUUCCCCACCUUUGAACCCUCCCAAAUAGUACUUUCCUUAAUUAAUCUUCAACAUUAUCUCUGCUCUCUAGACAUUCAUCAUAAUCAUCAAUCAUAUAAUUAUGUAAUUAGUUUAAUAAUUGUUUAUCACUUAAAUAAUUAAUUAAUUAAAUUCCGUAUGAAAACAACUUAUCCCAUUUUAUAUACUGUUAUUUUACCUAUUCUCAUUUUUCCUGGGUACCCUUCUUCCAUAAAGGACAAGUUCAAGAUCCUUUUAGCUAAAAGAUUCAAGCUUUCUGGGCAUCUUGUUGGGCUAUUGGAGUGUUGAUUGUCUAGUUCGACAUCACCCAAAGCUAGCAUAAAGGCCCCGGGUUACUUCUAUCGAAAUUUUGGUAGAGCGAGACAUGGCUCCGACUCUUGCUCCGCCACUUGAAGCAAUCAAAGGCGGUGGAGGUUCUAUUAAGGUGGGCACUAUUGGAACAAUAGGCUCCUUAAUGACGAGGGAAAUCGAAUCUUCAAGUCAUACAUCAUCCCCGCGUACUGCAGCUCCUGCUGUUCGUGGUCGUGGACCUUUGAAGCCGCGGAAAUCAGUGAGUGAAGCAAGCAGCAGCAGCACUGCCACCCGUCCCAGGCAAAAUCCAAGCACGACAACUCCUAAGCGACCGAAACAAAAGACACCAUUUGAAGAUGUGGGGAACAAUAGCAAAACACGGAGCCACAAACGCAGCUAUCAUAUCCCUAUGCUCGGUUCAGAAAACAUCCAUUUGGAGAAAACGCCCAUUCGGGAUAAACCCACGAAGAAAGGAUCUUAUAUUGUUGAUAUAGUGGACAUAAACUGUGGAAACCCAGGAGUUUCUUUAAGCAAUAGACUAAAAAAGCUUAAUUUUUCGAAGCUUUCUCAGAGCUUCAUGUAGCCGAACUUUUGAACUGUAGUCCAUCAGUCUUCAGAUUCUUAUAGUUUAACCCGACAGCGGAGUUCAACCUUCUACAAUCCGAAACUUCAACCAUCGAACACAUGUUUGAUAAGAACUUGCUUCCUCCUCGUUUCUUCUUUUUUCGAGGAAUAACAACUAAUUUGGUGUUGGUUUCUCGAACGAAAUCUCUGCUGCAGCUUGCCUCAGAUUGACUGUAGAAUUUUAUCUCCUGCAUUAUGAGGGAGCCGACGGUUCCUUUGGUUCCGAUUUGAACCGGAGAUUUGGUAGCCAUAUGAAUGAAUUGUGUAGUUUUUGGACAGGUUGUUUAUGUAAUGGAAUAGGGCUACUGAUAUGUGGUUUUAUAGAUGGGAUUUGGGAGAUUUAUUCACAUGAAUUUCUUGCCUCAUGUUCUUUAUCUAAAGUUUGUUGUCAUGGGACUCUAAAUAUCUGGAGCCUUAGACCCAUAACAUGGUUGAUAAGGUCACCACAUUCUUGUGUUAUGCAGAUAGCUGUAAAAUUUUAUCUUGCAUUUA